GACGGGAAGCAGGAACUGCCCGAAGAGAAGUGGUCAUGAUGAGACCGCUUCUGCGCUCUUCGCUCGGAUACGCGCUGACAUUUCUCGGUCCACAGCCUGCCGUUCAAAGCAAGCUCGUCACACAAGCAGCAGGUCCAUCUCUGUAUCUGAGAAAAACCAUGCAUUAUCAAACGGAAGAGAGAGGACACCCGAAUUCUCCCAACUACCGGAUUUAUUUUAAAACCUCUGAAGGGAAAUACAUUUCACCCUUUCAUGACAUUCCACUUUAUACGGAAAAAGAACAGGACAAUGAUGUGCCACCUAAAAAACAAAAGAAGACUGAAAAUGAGGUGCUGUUUAACAUGGUGGUGGAGGUGCCUCGAUGGUCAAACGCUAAAAUGGAGAUUGCAACCAAAGAACCACUGAACCCAAUCAAACAAGAUGUAAAGAAAGGAAAGCUCAGAUAUGUGGCCAAUAUAUUUCCCCACAAGGGUUAUAUUUGGAAUUAUGGGGCACUUCCACAGACAUGGGAAGACCCAAACCAUACAGACAAAGAAACCAAGUGCUGCGGAGACAAUGACCCUGUUGACGUGUGUGACAUCGGCUCCCUGGUGUGCUUGCCAGGUCAAGUGAUCCAGGUGAAAGUGCUUGGUAUCUUGGCGAUGAUAGAUGAAGGAGAAACAGACUGGAAGGUCAUAGCCAUCAAUGCUGAGGACCCAGACGCCCCUAACCUAAAUAGCAUAGAAGAUGUCCGUAAGAGCCGUCCCGGUCAUUUGGAAGCCACUGUAGACUGGUUUAAGAAAUACAAGGUGCCAGAUGGGAAGCCUGAGAACAAGUUUGCAUUCAGUGGGCAAUUCAAAGACAAGGACUUUGCAGUAGAGGUCAUUAAGUCCACCCAUGAGCACUGGAGGGCACUAAUGCAAAGGCACACUAAUAGUGGAGAGAUUGACUGCAAAAACAGCUCUGUGUGUGAGAGUCCUUUCAAAUGCAGCGCAGAGGAGGCCAGAGGCGUGGUGCAGUCGGCGCCUGCACUUGGUAAAGCACUUCCUGUAUCUCCAGAGGUGAACAAGUGGCAUUUUCUCUGAACGUGAUUCUGGAGUCCCCGAGGCAGUGUUCACAGCAACAGAACCGAUGAUUAAGAAGAAACACAAAUUGUUUUUGCAGUUAAAUUUAUUUUUGGUAAGGAUUUAUUCUAAGAUAAAGGUGAAGCCAUCUGUAUUUUCAUGUUCUUGAGAAACGAUCCACAAAAAAGUAGUUUAGUCUUCCUCCUCAAAACUUGUUGGAUACUAUAAUAGUUAAUUUGUUGGUAUCAAAAAUUAUAUUCAGAACUUAUUCACACAUUGAGUAUAAUUGGCAUCCUUUCCCUUGUGAAUUAGAUUGUUUAAGUGCCCCUGUUAUUUUGUUGGUUUCCAAAACUGCGGGUUGAAACUUCCUUAAGGAUGCAGGUUAUUCAAACAUGCCCUGAUGCCUUUAACACUAUUCAGUUUGUGUUUGCUACUGUAAAGAAGACAAAUCUUUUUUUAUGUAAUCACCCAGACAAUUCUUUUGUCAUUUGGUUAAAUAAAAAAAAAUUGAACUUGUAAAUAUGGCUUAUUUCCUUAAUCAAUAAUCACACAUUUAAAACCUUCAACAUGUAGACAAUAUUUAAUACAUGAGAUUUAGAUAUUAACUUGGAGUAACAAAUCAAAGUGCUUUAAAUAAAUAUAAAUUUUAUUAAAAACACCCACAUCUCAGCAAUAUCAGGAAUGAUAUAAUAAACAGCUUUCAAAUAAACUGCAUUCAGUACAUUACAAUACUUACAGUAUUUAUAUCCAUCCUUAAUUCUGUUUUUUUUUCUUUCUUUUUUUUCUUCCUAUCUUUUUUUUUUUUUUUUUUUUUGUAGCAUACCAAACUUCAGGAGGGCUAGGGAAGCCUUAAAAAUAAAAUGACAGGCAAAAA